AUGAAGAGAGCAAAGUUGGAUUUGUUCGUGUCCCUGAGUCGAAAAAGGUCGAUUCAAAUUCUGAUAUGUGUGGGUCUUUUGUAUAUACUCUUGGUGAGUUUAGAAGUACCCUUUGUGUUCAAAGCUGGGUUCAGUGCAGUCACUCCAGACGGCUUCAAUGACCCAUUGUCUAAGCCUUUUGCGCUCGAAAGCGAAGAGGAAUUGGCCAGAAAAGAAGCCCCAAUUCGACCCUUAAAGAACCCCUUUAGGGUUCCAAAUCAAUCACCAAAAUCCAGACCCGAGAGAAGAAUUAGGGAGUAUAAAAUCCUAUCUAGUUUGGAUGUCGAUGGAAGCAUUGUAAAUAUUACUGGAAAAGAUGGGUUUUCAGGGAUUCUGAAGCAUGCAAAGGAGGCUUUUGAACUGGGGAAGAAGCUUUGGGAGGAGCUUGAACUGGGUUCCGAUGAUCAAAACUCCGACAGGAAGGUGGAGAAUAGGACUGAGUCAUGCCCACAUUCGAUUUCAAUGUCAGGGACUGAGUUUUGGGAGAAAAAUAGAAUGAUGGUGUUGCCAUGUGGGUUGACAUUGGGAUCACAUAUAACAGUGGUGGGGAAGCCGAAGAAGGCGCAUCCGGAGCAGGACCCCAAGAUAUCUUUGUUGAAAGAAGGUCAGCAAGCGAUGGUUUCACAGUUUAUGAUGGAAUUGCAGGGGUUGAAGACUGUGGAUGGAGAAGACCCACCAAGGAUUUUACAUUAUAAUCCUAGGUUAAAAGGGGAUUGGAGUGGGAAGCCUGUAAUUGAGCAGAACACUUGCUAUAGGAUGCAGUGGGGAUUGGCGCAUCGGUGCGAAGGGUGGAAAUCUAAAGCUGAUGAGGAAAAUGUUGAUGAUCAUGUGAAAUGUGAGAAGUGGAUCCGAGAUGAUGAUGAUCACUCUGAGUCAUCAAAAGUGACAUGGUGGUUGAACCGGUUAAUUGGCAGAACAAAGAAGGUCACUUUUGAUUGGCCAUUCCCAUUUGCAGAGGAAAAGCUAUUUGUCCUAACUCUUAGUGCUGGCUUAGAGGGUUAUCAUAUCUAUGUUGAUGGGAGGCAUGUCACCUCAUUUCCUUACCGCACGGGAUUUGCGCUUGAGGAUGCCACUGGAUUAUCUUUGAAUGGAGACCUUGAUGUCCAUUCCAUAUUUGCUGCUUCCUUGCCUACAUCACAUCCUAAUUUUUCUCCUCAAAGACAUCUUGAUAUGUCAACUGAAUGGAAGGCACCGCCGCUUCCAAAUGGGCCUGUCGAACUCUUCAUUGGUAUUCUUUCAGCCGGCAACCAUUUUGCUGAGCGGAUGGCUGUAAGAAUGUCUUGGAUGCGGCAUAAACUUGUCCAAUCAUCGAAUGUUGUGGCUCGUUUCUUUGUAGC